AUGGCAACUUUUGCCAGACCUGAGAAUGCUUUGAAACGUGCUGAAGAGUUGAUCAACGUUGGACAAAAACAUGAAGCUCUUGAGGCCCUUCAUAGUUUUAUUACCACAAGGAGGUAUAGAGCAUGGACAAGGACACACGAGAGGAUACUGUUCAAGUAUGUAGAACUAUGUGUUGAUAUGAGGAGGGGCAGGCAUGCUAAGGAUGGUCUUAUUCAGUAUCGUAGUAUCUGCCAACAAGUUAACAUUAAUUCGCUGGAGGAGGUGAUAAAGCAUUUCAUGCAGCUGUCCACAGAGAAAGCUGAGCUUGCACGUAGUCAAGCACAGGCCUUAGAAGAAGCUCUAGAUGUAGAUGAUUUAGAAGCCGAUAGAAGGCCUGAAGAUUUGAUGUUGAGCUAUGUUAGUGGUGAAAAAGGAAAAGACAGAUCUGACCGUGAGCUCGUCACUCCAUGGUUUAAGUUCUUGUGGGAGACAUAUAGAACGGUUUUGGAAAUUUUACGCAACAACUCAAGAUUGGAGGCUCUGUAUGCGAUGACUGCACACCGUGCCUUCCAGUUCUGUAAGCAAUACAAGCGAACUACAGAAUUUAGGCGGUUAUGUGAAAUCAUCAGGAACCACCUGGCAAAUCUUAACAAGUAUAGAGACCAGAGAGAUAGGCCUGAUCUUACUGCUCCAGAAAGCUUGCAACUGUAUCUGGAUAUCAGAUUUGAACAACUGAAAGUUGCCACGGAGCUUGAGCUUUGGCAGGAAGCUUUUCGUUCUAUUGAGGAUAUACAUGGGUUGAUGUGUAUGGUUAAGAAAACACCUAAAUCCUCCUUGAUGGUUGUUUAUUAUGCCAAGCUAUCCGAAAUUUUCUGGAUGUCAUCAGACCAUCUUUAUCAUGCUUUUGCAUGGCUUAAGCUCUUCUCAAUUCAGAAAAGUUUUAAUAAGAACUUGAGCCAGAAAGAUUUGCAGUUAAUAGCAUCAUCUGUUGUUUUAGCCGCACUUUCUGUGCCUCCUUAUGAUAGGUCAUAUGAUGCAUCUCAUUUGGAGCUUGAAAAUGAGAAAGAGCGAAGUUUGAGGGUAGCCAAUAUUAUUGCAUUUGAUGUUGAACCCAAAACUGAGAGCAGAGAAGUGCUUUCUCGGACGGUGCUUCUCUCGGACUUGCUAUCCAAAGGUGUAAUGACGUGUGUCGCUCAGGAAGUGAAAGACCUUUACUAUAUUCUAGAGCACGAGUUUCUCCCUUUAGAUCUGGCAUUAAAAGUACAGCCCUUGUUAACAAAAAUCUCGAAGCUUGGGGGUAAGCUUACUUCAGCUUCUUCUGUUCCAGAAGUGCAGUUGUCUAAAUAUGUUCCUUCACUGGAAAAGCUUGCUACUCUGAGGUCGUUGCAGCAGGUAUCACAGGUGUAUCAGACAAUGAAUAUUGAUAACUUAUCUAAGACAAUCCCUUUCUUUGAUUUCUCUAUCAUGGAAAAGAUUUCCGUGGAUGCUGUUAAGCACAACUUUUUAGCCAUGAAAGUGGACUAUAUGAAGGGUGCUAUUUCAUUUGGUAAUAAGAAUCUUGAGUCAGAAGGUCUACUCCAUCACCUGACCACUUUUGCAGAAUCUCUUAGCAAAGCAAGAAUCAUGAUUCACCCUCCUGUAAGGAGCGCAUUGAAAUCAGGGGAAACUCUUUCUGAUUUAGUGGAGACCGUGGAAAAGGAACACAGGAGACUUCUUGCACGCAAGUCGAUAAUUGAAAAACGCAAAGAAGAACAAGAACGUCAACUUCUCGAGAUGGAACGAGAAGAGGAAGCAAAAAGGCUAAAACUACAGAAAAUAACUGAAGAAGCAGAACAGAGAAGGCUUGCCUCUGAGUUUGAGCAAAUGAAGAAUCAAAGAAUUCUUAGGGAAAUAGAGGAACGUGAACUUCAAGAAACCCAAGCUUUACUGCUGGAAACUGAAAAACAUAGCAAGAGGAAAGGGAAGAGGCCGGUUCUGGAGGGAGAAAAGAUAACUAAGCAGUCUUUGAUGGAGCUGGCCCUGAGUGAGCAACUCAAGGACAGGCAAGAAAUGGAGAAAAAAUUACUGAGGCUUGUGAAAACAAUGGAUUACUUGGAGAGGGCAAAAAGAGAAGAGGCUGCUCCUCUUAUUGAAGCUGAUUAUCAACGACGUCUAGCAGAAGAGGAAGCUCUUCAUGAACGUGAACAACAGCAAGAGGUUGAGUCAAGCAGACAACGACAUGCUGGAGACCUUGAGGAAAAAAAGACGCUCGGUCGGAUGUUUGAGAGCAAGAAUUUGUUCCAAGAGAGAGUGGUUGGUCGUAGGGAGACUGAGUUUAACAGACUUGAGACAGAGAGAGAGGAGCGAAUCAACCAAAUUAUCCAGUCAAGGAAACAGGAAAGAGAGGUUAAGCGGAAAUUUAUACAUUACCUGAGAGGUGAAGAGGAGAGACAAAUAAGAUUGCAUGAAGAGGAUGAAGCACGGAAGCGUGAAGAGACGGAGAGGCGGAAGAGAGAGGAAGCUGAGCGUAAAGCCAAGUUGGAUGAGAUUGCUGAAAAGCAGAGGCAACGUGAGAGGGAACUGGAGGAGAAAGAAAGGCAGAGGAGAGAAGAGCUUUUGGGGAGAUCAAGUACCAGGCCUUCUAGAGUUGCCGAUCUGUCUGCCAUGCCACCUCCAGUGGAGGCAGCACCCACUGCUACUGCUCCACCUGCAGCUGCAGCUGCACCAACUCCAGGUAAGUAUGUGCUCAGGUCCAAACGUAUGUCAGCAGAAGGUGGUGGGGCCCAGGCCCAGCCUGCUGAAAGUGAUCGGUGGGUCAGUGGUAGUGGUAGCAGGAUGGACGAUCGUCCAUCUCAACCCAGUGACAGGUGGCGCGAUGAUCGUAGAACUUCCUUUGGUGGAGGUCCCCCAAAGUCAACCUCCACUUGGUCAUCCUCCAGGAUCCGUGAUCGUUGA